GUGACCGCGUACGUCUGGAGUUCAUUCGUUGCUCUGUCAUUGUUGUGUGCGGUCGUGCAUUACAAGUCUCCGCUUGACCUUCUGUCCUCUGAACAUCAUCACUUCACAAGACCAAAAAUGAACCGAGCUGCCAAAUCCGGUCUUGCUGCGGAGACUCACGCGAAGGUGAACGCAAAGUACGACGAGUCUCAGGCUGCGGAGGUGCUGGAGUGGAUCAAGGAGGUGCUCAAGGAGGACCUCGACACCAGCGGCGACGCAGACAACUUCUACGAGACCCUCAAGAACGGCCAGGUCCUCUGCAGGCUGAUCAACACAUUGAAGCCUGGGUCCGUUAAAAAGAUCCAGACCAGCGCCAUGGCCUUCAAGUGUAUGGAGAACAUCAACGCCUUCGUGACGGGGGCUAAGGCUUGUGGGGUCUCAGACACCGAGGUCUUCCAGACCGUAGACCUGUGGGAGAGGCAGAACCUCAACAGCGUCGUCAUCUGCCUUCAGGCUCUGGGCAGAAAGGUAGGAACCACGAAACCUGAACAAUGAAUCUGAAUG